AUGGAGUUUCCGGACCUAGGCAAGAACUGUGCGCUCAAGGGGUGCAACCAGCUGGACUUUCUGCCGUUCAAAUGCCAAUACUGCAAGCAGUAUUUCUGCGAGUCGCACUGGAAAGUGGACACGCAUACGUGCGCGCAAAAGCACCUGGUGCAAGACUACGUGGUUCCAGACUGCCCGCUGUGCGGCCAGGUGGUGUCGAUUCGGCGCGGUGAGGACCCGAAUAUCGCCGUGGACCGGCACAUCCAGGGCGGGUGCAAAAAACGGACAAUGGGCGCGCCGGCGUACAAGAAGGGGUGUCAGUUCCGCCGCUGCAACGAUAAGGUUCUGGUAUUGACGACGUGCCAAUACUGCAGAAAGGAGUUUUGCCUGAAGCAUCGGUUUGAGUCGGAUCACCAGUGUACGGGCGGGAGAGCGCAGUCGGCGCCGCCCAACAGCGCAAAGUCGGGGAUCAUGAAGGGCCUGGGGCUGGGGAAGAAAGCGGUGUCGACGAAGCCCAGUCCGGUACGAACCGGGGCACCGAGGAAGCAGCAGCAACAGCAGAAGGCAGGAGGCAAAGACACAGGAUGCAUUAUUGCGUAG